AUGGUCCGAUUUGCACCGGCCACGCGGACGCGGGCGGCGGGGAGCAGCAAGGCGACGCGAGCGGAGGCCGGCGCGGGGAGCGUUGGAGGCCACGCGAUGCGGCAAGCAGAAGCUGGCGUGGGGAGCGUAGCAGAGAGAUGCAAAAUUGGUGCAACUAACAAGGCCUGGGGAUACUCUAGUGAUGACACUGUCGUCCGUAGUGAGCUCCAGCAACACCCUAGUAGUACUAGUAGCAGUAGCAGCAAGGCCAAGGCGACGCUUCCAACAGCCAGGCCGGGAGGCACGCUUGAGAGCCACACACGGAGACGUCACGCGCGGAUGGCCGCCGCCUCGGGCGAGACCCGCGGCUGCGGCUGCCACAUUGUGGCGGUGCCGUUCCCGGGCCGCGGCCACGUCAACGCCAUGAUGAACCUGAGCCGCCGCCUCGCCGCCCUUGGCGCGGCGGUCACCUUCGUCGUCACCGAGGAGUGGCUCGGCCUCAUCCGCUCCUCCUCCGCCGCCGCCGCCGAGCCGGCGGGCAUCCGCAUCCGCACCAUCCCCAACGUCAUACCUUCCGAGCACGGCCGCGCCGCCAACCACUCGGGCUUCCUCGACGCCGUCGCCACAGAGAUGGAGGCGCCCUUCGAGCGCCUUCUCGACGGGCUCGAGGGCCCGCCGCCCGCGGCGCUCGUGGCGGACGCCUACGUUCCCUGGGUCGUCGGCGUCGGCAACCGGAGGGGCGUCCCCGUCUGGUCGCUCUUCCCCAUGUCCGCCGCCUUUUUCUAUGCCUACUACCACUUCGACCGCCUCCCGGCCUGGCUUACCGACUAUGAGCACGCGCCGGACUCCGGUAACUCUGAUCAGAGACUUGGGCACUAUAUCGAGGGACACGCUUCAAGCUCAAUAAGGUUGUCAGAUCUCGAGCCCUUAAUUCACGACAAGAGAAAAGUGAAGCAUAUCCUAGCAACCAUCUCUAGCGUUAGAAAUGCUCAGUGUCUCCUUUUCACCACCAUGUAUGAGUUUGAGGCCAGUGUCAUCAACUCGCUAAGGUCAGCACUCUCUUGUUCGGUGUACCCAAUUGGACCCUGCAUUCCCUACGUGGCGCUUGAAGACCAGCAUACCAUGUCCAACGGCGAAGUUGCCAGCCAAGGAGACUAUUUCACCUGGUUGGAUUCUCAACCUGUGAACUCAGUUUUAUACGUCUCCCUUGGCAGCUUUGUCUCAGUCUCAGCAUCUCAGCUUGAAGAGAUCGCAUUGGGCCUAGUAGCCAGUGAGGUGCAAGAACUCUUCGCUGGCAUCAAUAAUGGGAUGAUACUGCCAUGGGAUUGGGCUAGCAAGGAUGGUCUGAUCGGGAGAGUGGAUAUUGCACGGGCUGUGAAGAAGCUGAUGUCUUCUGAUGAAACUGAGACAAAGGCGCUGAGGAAACGUGCUCUCGAGUUGAAGGAGGCUUCUCGCAGAGCAGUCCACAAGGGUGGAUCUUCAUACUGCAUUCUGAGUUCAUUGAUGGAGACGCUUAAGAUUUUGAUUCUGGAGACUUGCCUGGGUAGUCUGCACUCGCCAUUAACCGGCGGCCGUGCCCAUGGCCACAUCAACCACAUGCUCAACCUGUGCCGUGAACACCAGGAUAGUGGCUCCUUGUGGAGAUGGUGCUGCUGUCGCAGGGUGUGGAAGGCCGCGGCACCGCCGAUGGCGUUGAGAAUCAGAUACAAGUUUCCCCUGCAAUUCAGAUCAUUCACCAAAAUUCCAAAACUGUAG